AUGGCUGUCGGACAGCGGUUCCGCGCGCCGCGGUGGCUGCGCCUGGAUUUGCACCUGCGGCCGGGGGCGGACCUGGGGCCGCGGCUGUGGACGACGGUGCGCGAGACAUGGCAUCUGGGCUUCACGGCAUUUGGCGGACCGCCCGUGCAUUUCAAGCUUUUUUACGACAAGUUUGUGACCAGGCUUGGGUGGGUAGACGAACAGGUGUACCAGGAGCUGUUCAGCGUGUGCCAGGCCCUGUCCGGGCCGGCGAGCACUAAAAUGCUCUACUGCGUGCUGCUGCUGCAUCUGGGAUUCAUCCCCGCCGUGGCCGGCUUCUUCAUCUGGAGCCUCCCCGGCGCGGCAGGCAUGUACGCCCUAUCCGUGGGCGUGUCCAGCGUCGGCGAGACGCUCCCCGGGCCGGCCUACGCGCUGCUAUCUGGCCUCAACGCUGCGACGGUGGGCAUCAUCGCGCUGGCGGCGACGCAGCUCGCGGGGCAGGCCAUCACGGACCGCCUCAGCCGCGCGCUCGUCUACCUCGCCGCCGCGGCGGGCACGCUAUACAACGCGCUGUGGUAUUUCCCGCUGCUGAUGGCGGUGGCGGGCGCGGCGGCGGUGGUGCAUGAUUAUCGGUGGGUGCAUCGGCCGGUGAGGUGGGUGGUGGGCGUGUGGAGGAGAGCGAGGGGCUGUGCGGUGCGGAGGACGGAGGUGGACGUGAGGAGCGUGGAGAACGAGCUGGGGCAACAGCAGCAGCAGCAGCAACAACCACCGGUAGACGAAGAGCAGCAGCAGCAGCAGCAAGGUCGAGAAGGAGAGGGGCAUCCAGACGAAGACGACUCACGCCGCGUCGUGCCCCCGGGCCGGCGCCUCAACAUGAGCUGGAAGACAGGCCUGGCUCUCGCAGCGGGUUUCUUCGUAUCCUUUGCGGCCGUCAUGGCUGCACGCGGCGCCCUCAAGCCGGCAUCUGCGCAGCCGCUCCUCUUCCGCCUCUUCGCCAACAUGUACCUCGCGGGAACCAUCAUCUUCGGCGGCGGACCCGUCGUGGUGCCCCUGCUGCGCGAGUACAUCGUCGCCGAGGGCUGGGUCAGCCCGCGCGACUUCCUCAUCGGCCUGGCGCUCAUCCAGGCGUUCCCGGGGCCCAACUUUAACUUUGCGGUGUACCUGGGCGGGCUGGCGGCUCGGCACCAGCACCACCACCAUGCCGGCGAUGGUAGUGGUAAUGGUGGCAGUGGUAGCGGAAGCGGUAGCGGGCUGGCAGGCGCGGCGAUUGGGUUCGCGGGCAUCUUCAUCCCGGGGCUGGUGCUGGUGCACGCCAUGACGGGGGUCUGGGGCGCGGCGCGCGGGCGGCGGUGGGUGCGGUCGCUGCUGCGCGGGGUCAACGCCGGGGCCGUGGGGCUGGUGUUCACGGCGGUGUACCGGCUGUGGCAGAUGGGGAGGGUAGAUGCCGGGGCGCAGGCCGGGGCGGCGCUGGGGGACGAGCCGUGGUGGGUGGCCGUCGCGGCGGGGAGCUAUGUCGGCGGCGCGUGGUUCGGCGUGCGGCCGCCGGUGGCGAUUGUGGCGGGCGCGGUCUUGGGGCUGCUGUGGUACGCGGUCGUGUCGCGGUGA